AUAAGGGGUGGCAAGUAUAAGUAGUUACAUUGCAGGUUCAGAGUUGGAAAUCCACAUUCCCUCUAACUCCUCCCCAAAUUCACUAUCUCCGAUCUCCAAUCACUUCAUGAUCGCAGAAAACCAACCGAUUAUGGCGGAAGAAAGCGACGAAGCUGUUCAUUUGUAUGAAUCCGGAAGCGAAUUAGGAUCGCCAUGGCUUCCGACGAACGCUAUCGACAACGUUACUGAAGCAUGUGGAGAUUCUGGAGAAGACGAUCAUCUUUUAUUUUCAAAGCGGCGGAGCAUUCUCAACGACGCUAUCGGAGCAUGUGUAGACGACGAUCAUCAUUUCUAUUUUAAGCAGCGGAGUUAUAAUAAGCACAGACAUCAACCUCCGACUGUUCGGAAGUCAGCAGCUGCCGCACAACCUCCAUUGCUUCCGUCACCUCCGCAUUGGAAAAGUUUUUCAAAGGAUCAAAAACCCAAACAUCCUACAAAUUGGGCAACUGGAGGACCUGGAAUGCAAGCCGUUUUUCUAGAUUCUAGCCAAAGAUCAUGCGGUACUGGAGUUUUCCUUCCUCGUACAGCAGGAACCAAUAUAGAAAAACCCAGAAAACCAGCAUUUGCUCCUGUUCUCCUUCCGUCUCGUGUAGUCCAAGCAUUAAACCUCAACGUGCACGGAUUAGGCUUGCAAAUCAAGCCACGAGAUUAUAACAAUAAUGUAAAGGGAUUAGAAUGUGAUCGAAUUAGAAACAAAAAGAGUAGGGAUGUAUCGAGCCAAUUUUGUGUCAUCUCUCAAAACCGAAGUUCUUCACCGGAAAUAUUUCUCCCUAAAGAAUGGACUUACUAGAACCACAUCUGAUACGACUAUAUACCACCCCAUAUACAUAAAAACCCUUGUUGAAUGUACUUAAUGCUUUUGGUUAAUAUUCAAUCAUGUACUUGAAUAGAAUAAAAAUGUCAUUGGUUAUAUCAUUAAUUCGGU